AUGUGGGGUGAACAAAGUGAAAAAUCCGCACCGUUUGUGUGGAAGAAGAAGCUGGAGAAGCAAGGGCUGAAGGACAUUUCACGGCGUGAGCUAGAGGCGUUGAAUCGCAAAACACAGCUAGAAAAUGUUAUCGAAUUGGAGAAGAUCAAAAAGCGUCGACUGGAGCGGGAACAUCAACAGCAACAGCGUGAAGAUGAUAUGUAUUUGAUGCAGCGUUCCAAGGAAGCAGCCCAGUUUGAUGAGUGGCAACGUCAGGAAGAAACAUUCCAUUUGGAGCAGGCGAAGCUACGCAGCAAGAUCCGCAUACAGGAUGGACGGGCCAAACCAAUCGAUCUGCUCGCACAGUACAUUUCCGAGCAGAACCUGGAGGAAUCGAUCGAGAUGCAAAUGCAUGAACCGUACACCUACCUGAACGGGUUGAGCCUGGACGACCUGGAAGAUUUGCUGGUUGACAUUAAAGUGUACAACGAGCUCGAAAAAGGGAAGAACUUAGAUUUCUGGACCGAUCUAACCAUUAUCGUUGAUGAUGAAAUUCAUAAGCUGCGCAAAGUAGAAGCGGAAAAACAGCGCAUUGCUACGGGGCGUCGUGAAGGUAUCCAUCAGAGUGUAGCGAAGGAUGUGACGCAAAUUUUCCGUGGCAAAACUGCCCAACAGCUCGAAGAGCUUAAGAAAAAAAUUGAGGAUAAAAUCAGCAGCCAGCAAGAUGGGUUGGAUAUUGGUUAUUGGGAGAGUUUGCUCUCGCAGCUCAAAGCACACAUGGCUCGAGCCAGACUUCGUGACCGGCAUCAAGACAAUCUUCGCAACAAGCUAGAACUACUGAAGAAGGAGCAGGAGCUGCAAAUAAAGAAAGAGGAGCAGUCGGAUGAUGAAGCACCGGGUCCAUCCGGGGCAGGUGCCAGAGGUGAACAAGCGGACGAAUCGUCCAUGGACAGUGGGGCAGCUCAAUCAGAAUCGGAACCAGGACCAAGUAAACCGGCGGACAACCAUGAAUCAGAUCUACUAAACGAGUGUUUCGAAAUGUACAAAAAGGGUGGCUAUGAACCGAAGUAUCUACAAUCGAACGAUCUCGAACCUGGCAUUGAAAUCAUCACCGAAGAUAAAGACGAAGAGAUAUUGGAUCUUUUACGCCAGAAGGUACUGGGUAUUAAUCAAGACGAAGAACUGUACUCCCGGGAAGAGAUGCUGCUGCGCAAGGAAGCUCGCCGUGGUAUGGACAACGAUGAGGCCGAAUUUUCCGUGGAAACGCGUGUCGAUUCGCAAGUGUACCUGUGGUCGGAUAAAUAUCGACCGCGCAAGCCACGCUACUUCAACCGCGUUCACACAGGCUUCGAGUGGAACAAGUACAACCAGACGCACUACGAUAUGGACAAUCCGCCGCCGAAGAUUGUGCAGGGAUACAAGUUCAACAUCUUCUAUCCGGACCUGAUCAACAAGAACACUACGCCACAGUACUUUCUUACACCUUGCUCGGAUAAUGGGGACUUUGCGACGCUUCGGUUUCAUGCUGGACCACCGUACGAAGAUAUAGCGUUUAAGAUCGUGAAUCGUGAAUGGGAAUUCAGCUACAAACGUGGUUUUCGCUGUCAGUUUCAGAACAACAUUUUUCAGCUCUGGUUCCACUUCAAACGCUACCGGUAUCGUCGUUAG